AUGUUUUGGCUGGGGCUACUCUCUUCGGUACCCGCCGUUCAGGCGCAGUUCAGCACCACCAUGCUGCGGUUCGGAUGCUCUGAGCUCAGCAUCGACCGCAUUGACCCUCUUGUCGAGCCCGGCAACGUCCCGUCGGCCCACGUCCACCAGAUCGUCGGCGGUGAUGCCUUCAACGCUUCCAUGCCCUCGACGGAUAUUUCCGCGUUGGCGAAAUGCACCACCUGCACUUUCGAUCAGGACUUGUCCAACUACUGGACCGCCAACGUUUACUUCCGCGCCCGUAACGGCACCUUCAAGCGUGUUCCCCAGAUGGUCAACGAUGUGAUCGGCGAUGCCAACCGUGGCAUCACCGUGUACUACACCGCCCCAGGCCCUAACACGGUUACCGCCUUCAAGCCGGGUUUCCGCAUGUUCUCGGGCGAGGUCAACCGCCGUGAGCCUACCAACCUCGGCCGCGGAAUGCAGAGCUGCUUCCGCUGCUACACCGGCCCCAACUUUGGUGGCAACACCUACUCGCCCUGCUUCGACCCGCAGCGCGACACCGAGAGCUUCCCGUCGACGCCAUGCCCCGGCGGUAUCCGGUCGAGCGUCAUCUUCCCCAUCUGCUGGGAUGGCAAGAACCUCGACACCCCGAACCACGUCGACCACGUCGCUCAUCCCACAAAUGGCCCCGCCUCCUUCGCGAUGGUCGAUGGCCAGUGCCCGGACACUCACCCAGUCAAGAUUCCGCAGGUCCAUUACGAGGUUGUUUGGGACACCACCCAGUUCAACAACGAGGCUGAGUGGCCCGAGGAUGGAUCGCAGCCGUUUGUGCUGUCCACCGGCGACCCCACUGGUUACGGACAACACGGCGACUACGUCUUCGGCUGGAAGGACGACUCUCUCCAACACGCCAUGGACAACAACUGCUUCGGCCCGACCUGCAACGGCUUGACUACCCAGGGUUUCGACAAGGCCAACGCGUGCACGGUGGAGCCUUCCGUCCAGGAGGAUGUCGAUGGCUGGCUUGAGGAGCUGCCGGGAGGUCACCAGAUCAUGUAA